GAGGGUAUUUUGUAUUUUCCUCCUCAUACCUAAAAAGAAAGGAAAAGACAGAAAAUUUGCAUUAACAACAAAAAGAGAGAGAGAGAGAGAGAGAGAGAGAGUAAAAACGGAAGGGUUUUCUUUUCUGUGGCUUCGGAUUCUUUUGCCAAAUCAAUCUGUCAGCUUAGGAAUAAAACAUUUUACAAAUCUGCUGUUUGGGAAAACAAAAUCAAUCCAAUUCACCCCAAAAGGGGAAUGCUUUGAUUACCUUUGUGUUUUGUUUUGUGGUAAAUUCAGAAGAAGAGAGAGAGAGAGAGAGAGAGAGAGAGAGAGAGAGAGAGAUGGUGGAGACUUGGAGGUGGGUUUUGCUGGUUUUCAGCAUCUGCAUUUUUGGGUGGAGUCCAAGCUCCAUCAAUGCCGCCACAGAUCCCACAGAUGUUAGUGCUCUGAAGGUCUUGUACAGUAGCUUAAAUUCCCCAUCUCAGCUAACCCAAUGGAUUCAAAAUGGUGAUGAUCCAUGUGGCCAGUCGUGGAAAGGUGUUAAGUGCUCGGGCUCACGAGUAACAGAAAUUGAUUUAUCAGGUCUUCAACUUUCUGGGACGCUAGGGUAUCAGCUUCAGACUCUGACAGCACUAACCAACCUAGACAUGAGCAAUAAUAAUCUUGCAGGCACUAUACCGUAUCAACUUCCUCCGAACAUGACACGAUUAAACCUUGGUGGUAAUAACUUCAAUCAAGACAUCCCUUAUUCCAUCUCUCAGAUAACGUCUCUUACAUACCUGAACAUUAGUCACAAUCAGAUUCAGAACCAGCUGGGUGACAUGUUUGGAAAGCUCUCUUCUCUAUCCGUAUUGGAUCUGUCUUUCAAUUCUCUGUCAGGCAACCUUCCUGAGAGUUUUAGCUCCCUCUCAAGUAUGACAACAAUGUUCUUGCAGAAUAACCAGUUGACAGGGACUAUUGAUGUCCUUGCCAAUCUGCCCCUUGAUAAUCUGAAUAUUGAAAAUAAUCAUUUUACUGGCUGGAUUCCAGAGCAGUUGAAAAACAUUAAUCUGGAGAAGGAUGGAAACAUGUGGAACUCAGGUCCUGCACCCCCACCCCCACCUGGUACACCUCCAGCCAAGAGCAAUGGAAAUCACAAAUCUGGCAGCAACAACUCACCAUCAAAAGGUGGUUCAGGUGAAAAGAAAUCAGGAAUUGGGGGUGGUGCCAUUGCAGGAAUAGUGAUAUCUCUUCUUGUAGUUACUGCAAUUGUAGCAUUCUUUCUCAUAAAGAAAAGGUCAAAGAAGUCAUCCUCAGAUGUGGAAAAGUUUGAAAGUCGGCCCUUUGAUCCCCUUGCAAGUGAAGUGCAAGAAAUGAAAUCUGUACAAACCCCUGCCCCAUUGGACUUGAAGACCUUUGAUACUCCUGCCGUACUAAAUCUUAGACCCCCACCAGUUGAUCGCAAUAAAUCAUUUGAUGAGGAUGAAUUCGCAAAGAAACCCAUUGUUGUCAAGAAAACUGUCACAGCUCCUUUAAAUGUGACCUCAUAUUCAAUAGCAGACCUGCAGAUGGCUACUGGCAGCUUUAGCAUUGACAACCUUCUUGGUGAGGGGUCUUUUGGACGUGUUUAUCGGGCUCAAUUCGAUGAUGGGAAGGUUCUUGCUGUGAAGAAAUUAGAUUCAUCUGUCCUUCCUAGUGAGUUGUCCGAAGAAUUCACCGAGAUCGUUUCAAGCAUCUCCCAGUUGCAUCACCCAAAUGUAACAGAGCUGGUGGGUUAUUGUUCAGAGCAUGGACAGCACCUGCUAGUCUAUGAGUUCCAUAAAAAUGGUUCGCUGCAUGACUUCCUGCACCUAUCAGAUGAAUACAACAAGCCAUUGACAUGGAACUCUCGGGUCAAGAUUGCUUUGGGGACUGCACGUGCAUUAGAGUACUUGCAUGAAGUUUGUUCACCAUCUAUCAUUCACAAAAAUAUAAAGUCAACCAACAUAUUAUUGGAUGUAGAGCUCAACCCUCAUCUUUCGGACUCUGGCCUUGCAAGCUCUAUCCCCAAUGCUGAUCAGGCAUUGGACCACAAUGCAGGAUCUGGGUACAGCGCACCUGAGGUUGCCAUGUCUGGCCAAUAUACACUAAAGAGUGAUGUCUAUUGUUUUGGAGUGGUUAUGCUGGAGCUUCUUAGUGGGCGGAAACCAUUUGAUAACUCGAAGCCUAGGUCUGAACAAUCUCUGGUUCGAUGGGCAACACCCCAACUCCAUGAUAUUGACGCACUUUCGAAAAUGGUAGAUCCAGAACUCAAGGGGCUCUAUCCAGUUAAAUCUCUGUCACGGUUUGCUGAUGUGAUUGCUCUCUGUGUCCAGCCCGAGCCUGAAUUUCGACCUCCCAUGUCAGAAGUGGUUGAGGCAUUAGUUCGAUUAGUGCAGCGAGCCAACAUGAGCAGGAGAACAGUUGGAAAUGAUCAAGGAUCAUCCCAUGGAGGUGGCAAUGCCGAUGCACAGGACAACCUGUCUUGAGGACAGCUUGAGGUGACAAUGGGGACACACAUGAAGACACGCCUCAGGAAAACCGCGUACAUUUUGAGUACAUUCGCUUGGCUACACCAUAUGUUACCGGGCGUACGUAUACCCUUGGUAGUAUAUGCCUGUUAAUAUUUUUACGUAGUUGAGGUGGUAGUUUCAUUUUUGAAAACUUUUCCAAUUGAACUGGGUGGAUUUGGAGCUUGUUUCAAAUGAGGAAGUCUGAAUAUUUUCUCACUUUAUGUAUACAUUAAAACCAGUGCGUGCACCAUUAAACGAGCCCUGGUGGUGCCGGAUUCCGGUCGGCCAAAUGACAGUUUGUAUCACAAACUGAAGAUAUCAGUGAUCAGUUUGCAGUGCAGGCUGCGGGAAUCACGCACUUGAUUUCUCUUGUAGGCUUGUAGCUGUACAAUAUUCAAGUAAAUAAUAUAAAACUUCAAAGUUCUUUAUUUC